AUUUCUCUCCAGCAUUACCGGCGGAGAGGAGGAGGAGGAGGAAGAGGAGGACGGAGCGGCUGUGUCAGGUGGAAGCGCAGGACCUCUAUGGAGGAUAUCAUCAUCGCUCUCCACCGACUGCACCUCCCGGCCGGCGUCUCCCGCUGCUGCGGCCGCAUUGUCCCCGCGCCGCACGCUCCGUGCGUUUGUCCCGAUGAAGCGUUUCCUGCGGUAGAGGGGAAGACCGAGCCUCCCCCCCGCAUUCAUCCCCGCUCCGCUUAUCGAUCCGAACCCGAGCAAGCAGCAGUCCGAGGGCGAAUCUAACGGGCGUCGUGCGCGAUGGCUAAUGCCUCUCCAGACCUGGACAAUGCAGAAGCCCAGCGCCAGCUCAACAACAACAACCGACCAAUCAGCUCCGGGUUCUGGGAGACCGAGUGCACCAGCGCCAAACUGUUCGAGUGUUCCCGCAUCAAGGCGCUGGCAGAUGAGAGAGAUGCAGUGCAGAAGAAAACCUUCACAAAGUGGGUCAACUCCCACCUGGCCAGAGUGUCCUGUCGCAUAUCUGACCUCUACAACGACCUUAGGGAUGGCUACAUGCUCACCAGACUGCUGGAGGUUCUCAGUGGGGAGCUACUGCCGAGACCUACGAGGGGUCGUAUGCGGAUCCACAGCCUGGAAAACGUGGACAAAGCUCUGCAGUUCCUGAAAGAGCAGAGAGUUCAUCUGGAAAACGUCGGUUCCCACGACAUUGUGGAUGGAAACCAUCGCCUCACGCUCGGCCUUAUCUGGACCAUCAUCCUUCGCUUUCAGAUCCAGGUGAUCAAAAUAAACACAGCGGACAACAGAGAGACCCGCUCCGCCAAGGACGCGCUGCUGCUGUGGUGCCAGAUGAAGACCGCAGGGUACCCAGAGGUAAACAUUCAGAACUUCACCACCUGCUGGAGAGACGGCCUGGCCUUCAACGCCCUCAUACACAGACACAGACCGGACCUGAUAGAGUUCCACAAGCUGACGCGCUCCAAUGCGACGCACAACCUGCAGCAAGCCUUCAACGUCGCCGAGCACCACCUGGGUCUCACCAAACUCCUGGACCCCGAGGAUGUGAACACGGAGAAUCCAGAUGAAAAGUCCAUCAUUACGUACGUGGUCUCCUACUACCAUUACUUCUCCAAGAUGAAGGCUCUUAUUGUGGAGGGGAAGAGGGUUGGCAAGGUGUUGGAUAACUGCAUCGAGACAAAAACGAUCAUCAACCGCUACGACGCUCUGGCGUCGGACCUGCUGGAGUGGAUCGAGAAAACCAUCGCCAUCAUCAGCAACCAGAAAUUCGCCAACUCACUGACUGGAGUCCAGCAGCAGCUGCAGGCCUUCACAACCUACUGCACUAUAGAGAAACCCAUCAAGUUUCAGGAGAAAGGAAACCUUGAGGUCCUUCUGUUCACCAUCCAAAGCAAACUCAGAGCCAAUAACCAGAAACCCUACGUGCCUCAAGACGGGAAGCUCAUCUCAGACAUCAACAAGGCCUGGGAGCGCUUGGAGAAGGCGGAGCAUGAGAGGGGCGUGGCUCUGCGUAAGGAGCUGAUUCGUCAGGAGAAGCUGGAGUUGCUAGCUCAACGCUUCGAUCACAAGACGACCAUGAGGCAAGCCUGGCUCAACGAGAACCAGAGACUCGUGUCGCAGGAUAACUUCGGCUACGAUCUGCCGGCCGUGGAGGCGGCGAUGAAGAAGCACGAGGCCAUCGAGGCGGACAUCGCCUCGUACGAGGAGCGCAUCGGCGUGGUGAUGGAGCUCUCCUCGGAGAUGGAGAAGGAGGGAUACUACGACAUCCGGCGCAUCCUGGCCUGCAAAGAGAACAUCCUGGGCCAGUGGAGCCUGCUGAAGGAGCUGGUGGCCGGCAGGCGGACCCGGCUGGAGAAGAACCUGGCUAUGCAGAAAACCUUUCAGGACAUGGUCUACAUGAUCGACUGGAUGGAGGACACACAGGCUCUGCUGCUGUCGAAGGACUUCGGGAAGCAUCUCCUGGAAGUGGACGACCUGCUGCAGAAGCACAGCCUGCAGGAAGCUGACAUUUCCGUUCAGGCGGAGAGAGUCGAGACGCUCAACGCUGCGGCGCUCAAAUUCACCACCAUCGAGGGCUACCAGCCGUGCGACCCGCAGGUGAUCUGUAACCGUGUGAACCACGUCUCUUCCUGUGUGGAGGAACUGAAACAGCUAGCCGCUAAACGCCGCGCGGAGCUGGAGGAGUCGAGGCAGCUGUGGGCGUUUUUCCAGGAGCUGGAGGAGUCGGAGGCCUGGAUCCGGGAGAAAAGCUCCAUCCUGGCGUCUCAGGGCUUUGGGAAGGACCUGAGCAGCGUGCUGAGGUUGCUACAGAAACACAAGACUCUGGCCGGGGAGCUGCUGGCGCACCGCUCGCUGCUGCAGAACACCAUAAAGCGGGGGAAACAGAUUCUGAGCGAAAAGAGCUUUGGCACGGCGGGGAUCCAGGAGCGCAUCAUGGAGGUGAAAGACGAGUGGAAGAAGCUGGAGGACCAGGCGGCGCAGCAUCUCGGCCACCUGCAGGAGGCGCUCAACUUCUUCCAGUUCUCCACGGAGACGGAUGACGUGGCGGCGUGGCUGCAGGACGCCUACCGCCUGGUCUCCAGCGAGGACUUUGGCCACGACGAAUACUCCACUCAGUCGCUGCUAAAGAAGCACAAGGGCGUGACAGAGGCCAUCGAUAAACACAGGUUACAUGUAGUUGCUCUGCGCAAACACAUGGUGGUGCUGUCUCUGCAGUACAGAGAGCAGGAGGAGGUUCAGGUGCGUUUGGGUGAGGUGGAGCAGCUGUACACGGAGGUCGCAGAGGUCGCCGUUCUCAGACAGCAGUGGCUCCACGACGCACUCGCCGUGUACCGCAUGUUCAGCGAGGUGAACGCCUGCGAGCUCUGGAUCGACGAGAAGGAGCAGUGGCUGGAGAAGAUGGAGAUCCCGGAGAAGCUGGAGGACGUGGAAGUGGUGGCGCACAGGUUUGAAAGCCUGGAUCAGGAGAUGAACAGCCUGAUGGGACGGAUCCUGGACGUCAAUGAGAUCGUUCAGCAGCUGCUGGACGGAGGUCAUCCGUCUUCAGCGGAGGUCAGAGGUUGUCAGGAUCACCUCAACUCCAGGUGGAACACCAUCGUUGAGCUGGUGGAGCAGAAGAAGGAUCAGCUCGACUCGAUGCUUCGCCUGCAGAAUUACCUCCUGGAGUGCGCCGAGAUCAAGUCCCAGAUCCAGGACAAGAGGAAAGCCAUCGACGCCACGCAGUACAUGGGCAGCGACCUGGGAGGCGUCCUCGCUCUGCAGCGACGCCUCUCCACCAUGGAGGGGGCGCUGUCUGUCCUGGAGCCCAAACUGCUGCAUCUACAGGAGGAAGCAGAGUUUCUGGCCGCCGCUCAUCCCAGCCGAACCAUGGAGAUCCUGGUGCCGUUCGAUGGCAUCAGCGUCGAGUGGGAGGAGCUUAAAAGGACGCUACAGGGAUGUGAGGACUCGCUGAUGGUGGCCAGCAGGCUGCAGAGCUUCAUACAGGACCUGGACUCCUUCCUCACCUGGCUGGUCCAGACCCAAACGGCCGCUGCCUCGGACCAGCUGCCCAACGAUCUGGAGGAGGCGGAGAAACUCAUCAACAAGCACGCCGCUCUCAAAGAGGAGAUCGGACGGUACGAGGAAGACUACGAGCGUCUGCAGGCCAUGAACGAGCUGCUGGAGUCGGAGGACGCCCCCCUGCCGCAGGCCGCCCUGCAGCAGUGGCUGCAGAAGCUCGACGUCGGCUGGAACAAGCUCCUGGAGAUGUGGGAGAGCCGGAGGGAGGUUCUGGUCCAAGCUCACAUCUUUCACCUGUUCCUGCGAGACGUCAAACAAGCCGAGUCCUUCCUGAACAACCAGGAAUCGGCUCUGGCCCACGUGGAGCUCCCCACCACGGUGGAAACGGUCGAAGGCGCCAUCAAGAAACAUAAGGAUUUCACUACCACCAUGGAGCUGAACCUGCACAGGAUCAAAGCUGUGAUCGAGGCGGGAGAAAGCCUGAUCAGCCAGAACAACAUCUACUCCGAGCGAAUCCGGGAGCGCAUCGACACUCUCGCCAAGAGGGGAAACCGGAACAGGGUACUGGCCCAGCAAUGGCUGGAAAAACUGAACGACCAGUGGGAACUUCAGAGAUUUCUCCAAGACUGUCAUGAGCUGGGGGACUGGGUGUACGAAAAGAUGCUGAUGGCGAGGGACAGCAGCCGAGACGAGACCCAGAAGCUGCACAAGAAGUGGCAGAAGCACCAGGCUUUCAUGGCCGAGCUGGCCCAGAACAAGGAAUGGCUGGAUAAAAUCGAAAAGGAAGGGCAGCAGCUGAUAAAGGAAAAGCCGGAGCUGAGCCCGGUGGUCCGGAAGAAGCUGGAGGAGAUCCGGGAGUGCUGGCUGGACCUGGAGAGCACCACUCAGGCCAAAGCUCGCCAGCUGUUUGAGGCCAACAAGGCGGACCUGCUGGUUCAGAGCUACGAAAGCCUGGACCAGCGGCUGGGGCAGCUGGAGGGGCAGCUGGCCUACGUGGACCAGGGUCAGGACCUCACCACCGUCAACAAGCAGCUCAAGAAGCUACAUACCAUGGAGACCCAGAUGGAGGAGUGGUAUAAGGAGGCGGGGCAGCUCCAGGUCCAGACGGCUUCCAUCCCGCAACAGACACAGAUCCAGGGCACGGUGGUGGAGCGGCAGGCCGCCGUGGAGACCAGGAUGGCCCGACUCAUUGAGCCGUUGAAGGAGAGGCGGCGCCUUCUUCUAGCGUCUAAGGAGGUCCAUCAAGUUGGGCGAGACCUGGAGGACGAGAUUUUGUGGGUCCAGGAGCGCCUCCCUCUGGCCAUGAACCAGGAGCACGGCUCAUCGCUGCAAGCCGUCCAGCAGCUCAUGAAGAAGAACCAGACGCUCCAGAGGGAGCUGGAGGGCCACAGGAGCAGAAUAGAAGACGUCCUGGAGAGGGCAGGGAUCAUCGCCACCAUCAGGAGCCCAGAGGCCGACUGCGUCAGGGCGGGCCACGACCAGCUGGCCCAGCUGUGGGCCCUGCUGUGGGCCGAGACGGAGCGCAGGCAGCUGGUUCUGGACGCCAUGUACCAAGCCCAGCAGUACUACUUCGACACGGCCGAGGUCGAGGCCUGGCUGAGCGAGCAGGAGCUGCACAUGAUGAACGAGGAGAAGGGAAAGGACGAGCCGAGCACGCUGCAGCUGCUGAAGAAACAUUUGCUGCUGGAACAAACCAUCGAGGAUUAUGCUGAGACCAUCGGCCUGCUGUCGCAGCAAUGUCGCCAGCUGCUGGAGAUGGGACAUCCAGACAGCGAACGGAUCAGCAAGCGUCAGUCGCAGAUCGACCGUCUGUACGUGUCUCUGAAGGACCUGGUGGAGGAGAGGAAGAGCCGCCUGGAGCAGCAGUACUGGCUGUACCAGCUCAACAGGGAGGUGGACGAGCUGGAGCAGUGGAUCGCCCAGAGGGAAGUGGUGGCCAGCUCGCCUGAACUGGGCCAGGACUUUGAGCACGUCUCCGUCCUCCAGGAAAAGUUCACAGAGUUUGCGUCGGAGACAGGAAGUGUGGGACAGGAGCGCGUGACGGCCGUCAAUCAGAUGGUGGACGAGCUCAUCGACUAUGGCCACUCUGAGGCCGCCACCAUCGCCGAGUGGAAGGACGGGGUCAACGAGGCCUGGGCCGACCUGCUGGAGCUCAUGGAGACCCGAGCGCAGAUGCUCACUGCUUCUCACCAGCUGCACAAGUUCUUCUCCGACUGCAAAGAGAUAUUGGCCCAGAUUGAGGAUAAGCACCGGCGGAUCCCAGAGGUCCGGGCUCGGCAGGGCAGCACAUCCAACACCAGCACGCUGCAGAGGCUCCUGCAAAGCUUCGAACAGGACAUCCAGCUGCUGGUCACUCAGGUGCGUCAGCUGCAGGAAAGCGCGGCCCAGCUGAGGACGGUGUAUGCAGGCGAGAAGGCCGAAGCCAUCGCUUGCCGUGAGCACGAAGUGAUGCAGUGCUGGAAGGAGCUGCUGACUUCCUGUGAAGAGUGCCGGCUGCAGAUCACCACGGAAACGGACAAGCUGAGGUUCUUCAGCAUGGUCCGGGAUCAGAUCAUGUGGAUGGAGUCCAUCAUCUGUCAGAUCGGCACCGGGGAGAAACCCAGGUGUGCAGAAAAGUCCAACAGCUGGAGGGACGUGUCGUCGGUGGAGGUGUUGAUGAACUACCACCAGAGCCUGAAGAGCGAAGUGGAGGCCCGCAGCCAGAGCACGCUGGAGUGCAUCGAAAUGGGAAAAAUGCUGCUGGCUGCUAGAAACCCUGCAGCUGAAGAGAUCAAGGAGAAGCUAGAAAAGGUGGUUGCGAAGCAGCGUGAGCUUUCAGAGAAGUGGGACAAACACUGGGAGUUCCUCCAGCAACUGUUGGAGGUUCACCAGUUCGCCCAGGAGGCGAUGGUGGCGGAGGCCUGGCUGACGGCUCAGGAACCGCUGAUCAGCAGCAAGGAGCUGGGCGGCAGCGUGGACGAGGUGGAGCAGCUCAUACGCCGACACGAAGCCUUCCGGAAAGCCGCCGCCACCUGGGAGGAGAGAUUCAGCUCGCUGCGGCGUCUCACUACGGUGGAAAAGUUGAGAGCGGAGCAGAGCAAGCUGCCGCCGACGCCGCUGCUGGGCCGUAAAGUCUUCCUGGACCCUCAGGACGCGGCGCCGGGCCCGGCUGCGCUGCCCCGCCUCCCCGUCUCCCCCGUCAUGAGGCAGACCAUCUACGAGCAGAACGAAGCCACCACACCGCCGUCGCCCUCGCCCGCCACGCCCACGCCGUCCCCGUCGGCGGCCGCCCGCCGGCUUGCCUCCGCCGUCGUCAACAGCUCCGGCUACCGGCACGGCGGCGUGGUGGCCGUCCAGCCGGCCGCUUCAUCCAUUGCCUCCGUCGCCACGGCGGCCAUGUUGGUUUCAGCCAAUCAGAUGCGGGAAAGCGCCAGCACGGCGAAGGAACAGGCGACGAAAGCCAUGAGCUACCUGCAGCCGGAGGCGAAGACGUCGCCGUAUCUACGGCAACCGAAGAUCAAACACUUGGAUGACGCGGUGACGCCGCUGAUCGUGGCGAGCCGCCUGGAGAGAGGGAGAGAGCGAGGGAGGGAGAGAGAGGAGCGCGCAGAGGUGGCGGUGAUGGCGGAGGUGGUGCUCCAGGAGCCGGGCCGGGAGCGGCUGCACAGUGAGCCCACCAGGGGGCCCCGCGGGUCCAGAACCGACCCGCUGGGCCGCGCCGAGCCGCAGGUCCAGGCGUACCAGCGGCAGCUGUCCAGCGAGCAGCUGAUCCAGGCGCGGCGCGACGAGCUUCCGCAGGAAGUCUGGAGGGAGCAGGCGGGACGGCGCGACAGGCGGACGCUGGAGCGGCAGACGUCCAGCGAACAGGAAGGACACGAAGGCCGGCGGAGAGAGAGAGAGCGCCACCGAGUGGAGAGGCAGGAGUCCAGCGACAAUGACGUGGGGAGGGAACAAUCCGACCGACGCUCCACUGGAGGAGAGAAGAGAACCACCAUGGCAGAAAUUGUAGAGCAGCUUCAAGAAAGAGAAGCAGCACAGGCGCGCGGCGAGGUUCCCCGCCUGCCCAACGGUCUGCCAGAAAAGUCUUCCCGUCCGGACCGGCCCAGAGCCCGGGACCGACCCAAACCCAGACGGCGGCCGCGCCCCAAAGAGCCGGGAGAGACGACGCGGCGUUCCCGAUCGGCUCCGGCCCAGAGCAGCCAGGCGACGCCGCAGCCUCCGACCCACACGGCGCAUCACGAGGGCUUCCUGUUCCGCAAGCUGGACAUCGAGAGCAUGAAGAAGAGCACCAACAGCAGGUCAUGGGUCAACCUGUACUGCGUGCUGAACAAAGGGGAGCUGGGCUUCUACAAGGACGCCAAGAACAUGGCGACGCCCUACAACAACGAGCCGCUGCUCAGCCUGUCCCACUGCCACUGCGACGUCACCAAUGGAUACAAGAAGAAGAAGAACGUCUUCACGCUCAAAACGAAGGAUGGCAGUGAAUUUCUGUUUCAUGCAAAAGACGAGGAGGACCUCAAAGUGUGGGUGAACAACAUCACCGCCAGCAUUUCAGAGCACGAGGAGAUCGCCAAAUGGGGCCAGCCCCAACCAACUACCUCAUCCACCGACGAAGGGACGCGGCGAGACGGCAGCAAGGUGGACAACCGGUCCGACCGCGGCGGCGAGCGCUCCGACCGUGGAGACCAGAUAGAGCGCGCGGACAAAGAGAAGGAACGGGAGAAGGAGAAAGAGAAGGAAAAAGAGAGGGAGAGAGGGGAACGCUCAGAGAAGUCAGAUCGGGCAGGAAAGUCGGACGGAAAACGCUCAGAGAAGAAGAAGAAAUGAGCGUGGCGACAGACGUUUUGGGAUUAAAACCUACGAACUCUGGAUGGACAGGAGGCGGGGCCACAGACCGAAGGUGGAGGCCCCUCUUCUUCGCUCCAGCAGCUGGGCUUGGAUGGAGAGCAACAGACUGACCCGGCUCACCCACAGGACGGAUUAGAUCUUUUUCCGUCGCCUCCUGGUGGCCGUUUCAGAGAACUGCGAAUGGAUGACGUUUUUUUUUUAACAAAACAAAAGUAGGAGAAACACAAGCAUCACUUUAAUUCAAAGGCUGUUACUGAUUGCUGGUAGCGCGGUAAAACGUAGCUCAUGCUGUUCCAUGUUGGUUUGUUUUCUGAGAUGAACUGUACACUGCAAAAACACAAGAUCUUACCAAGUUUUUUGGUGUAGUUUCUAAUGCAGAUAUCUCAGUGGACUUGAAAUAGAGACAAAACUAAUUUAACUUUUCAUGAAGAUGCAGCAGCUUCUUUAAAAUUCAAUAAUUCCUUAAUAUUGAUUAAAAUGUUCUAGUUGCACUGGUAGAUUAUUAUAAAACAAGCUGCAACAUCUUGAUGAAAGGUUAUUUGUCAGUUAGUUUUGCCCUAUUUCAAUUGUAUUCAGAUAUCCGUAUUAGAAACCAGACCAAAAAUACUUGAUAAGAUUUAAUUAUUUCGCAGUGUACCUGUAUGUAGCUCUGUCUGUCCUAUCUACUGUAAUUAUCUGUCUGUCUGUAAGUGGAGACAUGGCCCACUAUCUCUUAUCAAUCCUCAGAAAUCAAGAGAAAAGGAAAUGGUCCCAGAAGGUGGAAUCGUUUCGUUUUGUUUUGUUUCUUUACACCUUGUUAGUGAAAAAUCCACCUGGUUUUGUUGUGACGCCAUCGAAACGUUUCCAUGGACGAAGCAGCACCAGAACUGUUCUCAGUUUCUAAUGUUUCAUGAUUCAAGAAAAGAGCAGAAGAGAAAGAUAAAUAUAUAUGAUCUAAUAAUUCCUUAUUAUUGUUUUAAAAAAUAAAGUCCUACUUCCGCUAUCAGAUUAUUUCACUUAUCACAUGGGAAAAAUGUUUUCAGUGAAGACAGUCUGGCAGUGUUACUAGGACUUUAUUUUUUAAUCAGUAUUAAGUAGUCAUUUAUGUAAAAAUGGUUUUAAAACUUUUAAAGUUUUCCUUCAGUCUGACAGUUGUCACCAUGGAUCAUAAUAUCUAAUAGAAACUGCCCAGCCUGUGACUUCUGUUUCUUGCGGAAACUUGCGUCGUUGCAGUUGGGAUUUAGUUGGGAAAUAGCCUUAACGUUUGAAUCCCAGGAGCCUCGUUCAAUAAAACAUCAUUUACCUACUCAUUACAUAAAGAUUACAGAUUUUGAGGAACUGUACAGGCUACAUCUUCUAUUUUUGUAUCCAAAAAGUCUACUUGAAUGUCAUUUUGAUCAACUUGUUUUCGAGGUUUUCAUAAAUCUCAAGUUUCUGUAUAAGCGCAGAAUCUGUUGAUUUUAAUGAACGGGUUCUCCUGGGUAGGAACCGGUUCUCUUCUGCUCUUUUGUUCUCUUCCAUCAAACCUUGUUGGGUUCGAUCUUUGAUUCAUUUCCCACAUAUCUGUCGUUCAUACUGAACAGUCUUGUUGAUGUCUGAAUGUGUGCGCCGCCGCUCUUUCCCAGGGUCUCCACAGCUCUCAGGUUUUGUUGGUGUGAGGAUGUUUGUCCCCUCAGUCUUCCAGGAAUGUUCCAUAACACAAAUCGCUCGUAUAACGUAUCUUUUUCUUUUUUUUUUUUACUUAAGUCUUUGUGAAGACCCUCAUGGUAACAUCAGAAAUCCUCUGAAUCCCAAACUUCUCCCCGAUCACAACCUGAAUCUAAAUGAUGUCAAGUCGCGAUAAAACCAUCUGCAUGGUUUCUUUAUAAGACUCACUCAUCUUUGCAGUCCAGCCGUAUUUUGGUUUAUCCCAUGGAAACUCGUAAAAAAAGCCAUAGAAGUUGGUGGAAUUGUAAAAAUCUACUGUCAUUGCACCACAGAAAACAUUUUAUUUUGUAUUUAGCAUCUUUUCUGCUCCAGGUAAGGAAGUUUCUGCAGAGAAAGUGACCUGAACAUUUAGUAAUGCCCCCUUCACACCGCAUCAAAACAGACCUGAUGUUUCCUGGAACUCCAAGAAAGUUUAAAAUGAACCGCAGCAGUUUACUUCAAAACUUAAGAGCAUUGAUUUAAAAUCUAGCAUUAGGAUUUCUUAUUCAAAACCCUCCUGUUACACUCAAAGGAGGUUUUAACAUCUGGUAGCCUGGUAGAUUUGGCUAAAUUUUGCACCAGUGUUCCCAAACAAAUCCCAACAUUUGUCACGUUUUCAGCUGCUGCGGUUCUCUUUCACACUGCACUGUCAAACAAACUACACUAUUGGAAAAACCUGUUCCCCUCCUCGCCUGUAGGAGUGCUGCUCCAAAAGCCCCUAAAGGAAACAAGACGAAAACCUUUCACGAAGAAACUGAGCGCAACUGAAAUAGAGACGUGUCAGAUUUUAGCAGUUGUAGGAUUUCUCUUCUGUCUUUGGUUAAAGACCACAACCGUUUUCUCUCACAACUACAAUCUGGUUGUAUUUACCCAGAAUGCCUUGCGUUGUAGUCCUCCUACCUCCUAAAAUGCUUUUUAGAGCGUAUUAGUGGUUUUCGUGGGGUUUGGUUUUGUUCUGGUGUGAACGGGGCCUAAAGAAGCGGGUCAGUCCUGCAGGUUCAGACUUUCAUCAUGUGGUUUUGCUUUAGUUUAGCAACAUAAGGAACAUGUUUUAUUUCCUCAAGGUCUCAAAUAUUCAAAUUAUUUUUAAAUACAAAACAGACAAAGCAUACACUUCUUUGCAGUUUUAACAAAUCGCUUUAUUGUUUUCCCAAAUCCUGCAAAGCCCAGUGAUAAAAAUGACUUUAAAACCGUCUUCUUUAUUUCUAUUUAUCCCAGAUUGUCUUGAGAACAAUUUUGUCUUUUUUGUUUUCAUGCAUCUGCAUCAAGUGUGAAUAUCAGAUCAAUGCGAACAUUUACAUGCAUGCCGAACACGACGGCCACAAGUCGGAGGCAAAGGAAGCAAAAUUUGGAGAAACUUUGCAGAAGACUGACUGACACCGCAGGUCAAAGUUCACCGAUGCCACCAUGACCUCACGUGAAACAAUCAUAUUAUUUGUAGAUCUACUUUUAAACAUCACGGCACAGAUGUUAGGAAUGGGUCUGAAAACGGAACAUGGUUUGGAUGAGCUCUGCCUGUCUGUGUGUGUCUUUACUGUCCUGUUCACAUCGGCCUGUCAGCCCCAGAUAUAAUCACCAAUAAAAUACCUUUUGGUUACUCAUGCACUGCA